UCAAAAACAAAACCAUCACCACGCCCCCCUCCCCUGAGGCCACACACGCGCACGAACACACACCAGAUCAAUCAAGAAAACCCCGAGAGGAUCAUGGCCGGCGUGAACACCAGUGUGGUCGGCCUCAAGCCCGCCGCGGCGGUGCCGCAGUCCGCCUCGCCGGCGGCGGCAAAGCGCGUGCAGGUCGCCCCGGCCAAGGACCGGCGGUCGGCGCUUCUCGGCCUGGCGGCGGUCUUCGCCGUCACGGCCGCCUCCGCCGGGUCGGCCAGGGCAAGCGUCUUCGACGAGUACCUCGAGAAGAGCAAGCUCAACAAGGAGCUGAACGACAAGAAGAGGGCGGCGACGAGCGGCGCCAACUUCGCGCGCGCCUACACCGUCCAGUUCGGCAGCUGCAAGUUCCCCUACAACUUCACCGGCUGCCAGGACCUCGCCAAGCAGAAGAAAGUCCCGUUCAUCACCGACGACCUGGAGAUCGAGUGCGAGGGGAAGGAGAAGUUCAAGUGCGGAUCCAACGUCUUCUGGAAAUGGUGAAGCUCAUCGAUCUGCCAGGCAAUAUGGCGAGUGCUGAUGUACGCCAGCGCACCGCGUGUACCUAGAUGUUCAAAGCUGCGCACGUGUUUCGACUGUGAAGUUAUCGUCGCUGUAAUUUUAUCAUCAAGUGGAAUUCUGUAAUUUUAUCA